AUGGCCUCGCCCAAGAUCAUCCUCUAUACCAACCACUCCUGCCCAUGGGCGCAUCGUGCCCAUAUUGCUCUGAAGGAGCUGGGUCUGCCCUACGAGGAAGUUAUCAUCGACUUGGACACUCCUCGAGAGCCAUGGUACCUCCAAGUGAACCCGAGAGGUCUGGUCCCUAGCCUCUCAUACAACGGCAACAUCAUCACCGAAUCCGCCAUUGUCGCGCAAUUCCUGGCCGAUGCCCACCCGUCGCACCUGCUGCCCCCAUCCAACUCGACCGAGAAUGCCCUGUACCGCGCCCGCCUGGCUUUCUUCGUCGAUGCAUUCUUUAGCAAGGUGAUUCCGCACUUCUGGGCCGGCGUGCGCGCGGCCUCGGCUGAGGAGAGAGACGAAGCGGCACAGGCCUUGGUUGGUGCCGUGACUAAGGAGAUUGAGCCUUUGCUGGAGGAAGGAAAGGGGCCGUUCUUCGGAGGCAGUGACCGCUUGACUCUGGCAGAGGUUCUGACCGGCUCGUUCCUUCUCCGCAUCACCUCCUUCAGCAAGCCCGAAUACGGCCUGCUGAGCGCCAAACUGCCCAGUCUCCUGGACCAAGUGCCCAAGUUCAAGCGCUGGGCCGAGGCGACGGUCCAGCACCCGAGCGUGAACUUCAUCUGGGACGAAGAGAAAGUCGCGACGAGGACCAAGAAGAAGUUUGCCGCCAAACCAGUGUCCAUCUCACACGUAGCAGGAAUAAUUCCGGACGGCUUCACAGUCACAGUGUAG